AGGUGUUUUUAUUGGAAUUAGGCGAUAUAUGUUUAUUUUCUAGUCAUAAAUGGGCCUCUGGCCAUUUGUGGGAACAGCUGCUAAUUUUACUUACUGGCCCUUUAAAGGCAAAACUACUAGUUGCUAUCGAUAGAUCGAGCCACACUUCCUUUCGCACAGAGAGCGCCCUCUAGCGUCGCUUCUGCCGGAAGCUUUAGGAAUCCUGAGAACGCGGUGUGCGACGCAGUAGUCUGUUGCCAUGGUGAGCGUUGAGGCCUAGUUCUACUGUAAAGCCUCGGGAUGCCGCAAGACAUUUUCAGCACAGGUUCCGUCCCUCGGCUCCGAUCCGAUAACAGCCGCCAGCCUGUGCCGGUUGUGUUCUGUAACCGGAGUCCGCGCACCGUGCAGCCGAUAUGGGUGAAUUUUCAAGGGGAUCCGCAGUCUUACCCGACACUCCCAGCGGGUAGGGGUCGUCGGAUGAACACGUAUCUCGGGCACAUCUGGCUAUUUCGAGAAGCUGAAACAGAUGUGGGUCUCAUAGUCAACAAGAAAGAGAUAUAUGUGACUAGUCCAAAUGUAAAUGGGUCGCCUGCUCUCGUAAAUAUCUCACUGCCAGUUUUUAGUCUGAAAGAGCGCUGUUUACAAGUUGUCAGGAGUCUUGUGAAACCAGAGGAUUACCGAAAGCUGGAAAUUGUGGCUUCUUUAUAUGAAGAGCUUGAAAACAAGCCUGAUGUUGUCAAAGACUUGCCUCGGCUGGCAAUCCGUUUCUGGGAAGAAACAAGAGGAUCGGAUUCUUAAACACGAAAGCAAAGGCUCCCGUUGAUUAUUGGAAACCCAGUUUGGCAAGCUGAAUGACUUUGUUUGGGAAUGUAGUUAUACAAGAUACUCUUGUAGGGGACCCUGUAGCAAAGCAGCUACACAAUACAAGUUUCAGAUCUUUAACUUGCUCCAAUGUAUAAACAAAUGGGUGAAACUUUAUUUCUGUAAUAAAAAAACGAAAGCUUUACGUGUUAAAGAACAAGUGGCUGCAUGGGGUGUUUUUAUAUAACAAAGAACAGAGGCAUCAGAAACCUUCUGGCAAUGCUGAGAAACACGCAGAGAAUGUAGUAUAUACUGUACAUAGGAUUAUAGUAUACCCUGCCAUAAUAGAAUAAAGCGGAUACUUCAUUAUAUCUUAAAGGGGAACGGUCGUGAAAACGAAAAUUUAAUAUUGGCUUCCUCACACUGAAAUAAGAAACUUUCUAAAUACAAUCAAUUAAAAAUUCUGCAUUGUUUCUGAAAUAA